AUGUCUGAGGAGCUAACCCAGUUAAUAGUCACCAGAGUUAAGCAAGCAGGUGUCAAAUGCUUCUUCUGCGGUACUGAGUUGGAUAUCUGGGUCUUGGGCAAACACCUGCCCGUGUGCGCCAAACUGUGUUACAAUAUCAUCAUUGAUAUGUUCCAGACUAAAGAAUCACAGGAGGAGACUCACACGUUGAGGCUGCGUAUAGAGGAGUUAGAGGGAAUCAUCAAGUCAUUAUCGCAACAACAACAACAACAACCACAGCCACAACAACAACAGCCACAACAACAACAGCCACAACAACAACAGCCACAACCAACAUCGUUGUCAUCAACACUCACGCUUCAGCAAAUGAAGACGCCAACCAAACAAGGUGCGGCAGAGAACAAUAGAGAGCUGAUGAAUAUCACACAUACCAAGAAGUUGAUGGAUGGAGAGACUAGCAAACAAACCAAGUGCUUCCUGCAUUCCAACGUUCGAGACCCAACCAAUCCCAACCGGAUUAUAGUAGAGGCGACUUGCAAUUCACCAGAGAACAAGAUCGAGAAGAAGAUCAUUGUCUACUAUGGCGACCAAAAAAUGAUGAUGUGCAGUGUUGGACAUAUUACAAACCAUACCAGGUCAAUGCCCUAUUUGAAGCUUGCUGUACCUGCGAUUGGAGAACACGAUCCAGAGAAGCCUAUCAUUGGAGAUUCUGUCCAACAUUGCCAGAACUGUUCAAAGGGUUGUUCUCGCAUCUUGAAGUGUUGCCAUCCAGACAGCACGUUUGGCGUCUUUGUAUACUUCUGUCGAUGGAACUGCCUUGUCGAGUAUCUAACCAACAAACGAGAGAAAUGGACUCAAUGGUGCGAAGCGAACACCGGUAUCUCCAGCAGGGCAACGAUAGAUAUCGACGAUAAUGCGAUGUCAACAACUACAUCACCACCCAUCCCAGCACCCAGCCCAGCAGCACCAAGCCCAGCAAUAACCAAACCAGUGUCUAAAUCAAAGGCCAAGAAAGCAGCUGCAACACCAACACCAACAACAACAACAACAACAACAACAACAACAAGGAGGAACAAUAAGAGGAAGAACAAUACCCUUGAAGAAGAUCAAUGGUUCAACCAAGAUGAAGAGUACACAAGUUACUUCAAGCUCUCCCAUAGUCAAGUGUCUCAGCUCUGUGAGAAGCACUCUUUUGAACACAAGGACAUGCUCGUCUUCCUCAUGAGGUGCCGCCACAACCUUCCCUGGUACAUGAUGGAGCGUGUGUUCCUAUAUCAAUUGACAAUCGCUCAGCUCAGGUACUCAUUCACCAAGGUGUUCGAUAGAUUGAAGUCGUACUGCCAUGGGUACUUCCAGGAUGUGGUUCACAAUGGAGAGCUUCGAGACAAUCAUGCAGAAAUAUGGAAAGAUGGUAUUAAGCACAAUGUUCAUCUCAUUGUGGACGGGUCAGAGCAGAGGAUUCAAGUGCCGCCACACAAGACGAUCAAGGAUCUUGUUUAUUCUGGCAAGAAAUCAAUGUAUUCUUUGGCAGUGUUGGUCAUUUGCGAUAUACGUGGCAAGAUCGUGUAUGUAGGUAAGACAGAGGGAGGCGCCCAGCCUGACGUCUCGCUCUACAAGGAUGCUGCACCUAGACUACAGGCUCUGUUCGAUGAAGAUAUUGUCAUUCUCGGUGACAAAGGAUUCAAAGGAGGUCAGAAGUACUACACCAACACCAUCACCCCCAAGAUCAAGUCGGCUUCAUUGAUCGAUCAUAUGGAGUACACAGACAAGAUGAUCAGAAAACGCACGCUCGAUGAGCAUCGCCUGCGUCAAGGAAAGGAGGCGACCAAGGUAUCUAAGAAGUUGAAGGCAUUGGAAGCCAAGGUCACCAAAGAAGGAUUCGAUGCCGAGCGUAUCCUGAGAGAGAAAGAUGAGAGCAAUCGAAUCAAGAAGGUGAGGAUCAUCAUUGAGAAUGUCUUUGGAGAGAUGAAGAAAUGGAACAUAUUGUCAGACACAAUCAGAUCACUUGGCGACCUUUCUGACAACAUUCAACGACACAACGCACUCUGGACAAUUAUCGCAUAUUUGACCAAUAUGUUCCACUCCUUUGGACGAGACGACGAUUUCUUUAAGGUC